CUUUACUCUUCACUCUUUUUGUCCCUGCUCUGCAUAACCUCCCUCCACUUUCACAACCGGCAUCAUUACGCCCAUUCUGGCGAUGAGCACUCGGCUUAGGCAGUUGUGCUACUAUCGCCUUAACACCUUCGAAAAUGGCGACCAAAUUCCCGGUCGAGUCGGUGGCAAUGAGAGCAAGACGAACUGCGAAAAUUUCGUCGGUGAGAGGAGAGCGAUGGAUCCCUGACUCUAACUUCCCCAUGGCUACUGCUAUUUUCGAUCAUCUCCAUAAGAAUCGAUUGAAACGCCAAGUGAUGAGGCCGGAAAUAGUCAGUGAAGAGCUUGGUGUCCACGUUAUGCAGCGCCUCGCACCUUUCCUUCGCCGCAAUGCACCCACGGAUAUUCUCGAUUUAUGGCCAGGUUGCGGACUCUUCUCAUCGAAAGUCAACGAGUUCCUUCGGCCGCGUCGACAUGUUAUGUUGGAGCCGGACUUAAAACUCUGGCAAAAGUUCCUGGAGCCUCUAACCGAGGCGGGAGAGGGCUACAAAUUGCUUGACACAAACCCUCGUUCCUUCUCCGCCUGGGAUGAGCUUUUGAAAGAACAUUUUCCUGAGCAGGGUCCUGAGAAUGCCGAUACCAGCGGGGCACUACCUUGCAAUUCCAACUUGCUGGUGGUCGCCAACUUGACGCGCCCGCCCUCGCCGAAAGACCACAUGACUACAACCCGAUGGAUUUCUUCCUUUAUGGAAGCCUGCCUAUGGCAAAAAGGCUUGCACUCAUACGGUGCCGUCCGCCUGUUGGCUGUACUGCCUCAGGAUGAUUUUAGCGGCGUAAUCCCCCACGAGCCCGGCGACCGCAAACGCGCCGCGAUUUUGACUGAGAACGUCGCUUUGCACAACGUCACGGUUGCCACACACGACGAGCUUUGCUUCUGGGCCAACGUAAAGGGUGUCAAGUACGCUGAAGAGGAACGCAUCCGUGUCACAGAGCAAGCAUCGGCCAACGGUUUCCUGCCUAUUCCGGGCCGUGAGCCAUCCCCUAUAACCCCCACGCCGGACUUCUCCCAUCUUGCUCGUGACCCCGAAAAGCAUCGCUACGAGCCCCGCAUUCGGAGCGAGCUCCAUUCGCAGCUGCUGGAGGAAAUCGAAAGGAUUGACAAGAUGUCACCGAGUUCGCCGGAUUACAAAGCAGCCAGAAAGGUCCGCGGUCGCGCAAUCACUCGGAUCAAUUCAGAACACCGAGCGAACGGCCUCAACAGACUCAUUGUCGAGAAAUUGAUGCAGCUGGAGGAGCUGUACAAGAGCGUGGCCCGCUUGGCCGCGCGCCCGACAACCACGCGCGCCGACUUCGAGCCGCUCCUUUCUGAAAUCGCCUCCUUGAAGCAAGUCAUCGACGCCGAUUACAAAAAAGUCCAGACUAAAUGGCGGCCCUCGCUACGACAUACGCUAGACGACAUGCGCUCCCGGGCUUCCGACGACAGGGCGGCCCUACUGCACUGGGACCGCCGGCCCUUUGAGCCGCUACGCAUGCAGGACAACGAGACGUACCCGCGGGACGAAAAGCGCAGCAUCCUCUAUUUCGAACCGGACCCCAACUCGCCCGUGGCGCGCAAACUCUUCUCCCUCGACCCCGCGACGCGCGCCACCGCCGCCGACCUCUUCGAAAUCCUCACCCUCUCCCUGUAUCGCGGCCGCACCGAUCUCACCCUCGGCGAGAUGCUACCAUUGGUGUUCCCCGGCCGAUCAAUCAACGACUGCGUGCGCGCGAUCCCCGGCCUGGUGCAGCACACCGUCCGCACCCCGAAGCCGGAUUUCGACGCCCUGCCCAAGACCCUCAUCGCCGAACCCAGUGCCGGCGCCGCGGCGCAGCAGCAGCUGGACCCCGCCAUGUGCUUCCAGGAGAACCUUGACUACGACGUCAGCGACGUGCGCGUGCACAUCAUCCCUUGCCCGGUGCUGUGGGACAUCUGCAUCGAGUACUCGCACUACGAACACCGUCAGUCGAUCCGGUCGCUCGCUCGCGCCCUCGGCGCCACAUUGACGGGUUCCCGACUUGGGGCUCAUCUUACCAAGGGCAAGAGGCUCAACUGAGUCCGCUCUUGCAGCGUCUGGGAAAUAGAAAAGCACCAACGAAGAACAAGCAACAAAAUCAAGAAAAAGAGAGUGCGCGAGCAAGAGGUAUUGCGACUAUUGCGGACCCUCACACAUCGAUCCCUUGUAUACUAAACUGUAUAAAUAUCUUCUCGACCCGUCACCACACCAUCCCCGAACCUGGUCGGCCGAUUGGCCCACGGCAUACCUCUGGUGGAUAUACUAGACAUGGGAUCUCUUCAUCCUUACGAGAAAAGAUCAUUCUCCCCUCAUCAACACUCUCUCGCCUUUAUCGAAACAUAAUUCAACCCACAAUCGACUCGAGAGCAAAACCUGAAUGCUCUCGGAACUCUGCGGGCUUUCGUUCCGCACAAACCAAGAACUUGCCGUCCGUGGAACUCGAAAUUUCAAGAUUAGGGAUAACGGCCGAAAAGUCUUCUCCGGCUUGUGUCCGGGGGACGCUGGCAGACUCGAGUUGCGCCCCCCCCCCCCCCCCACCC